GACUAUCCCCAAGUCUUCACCUACACCUUUUACUUUUCUCCCAUUCAGAUUCUUCCUUUGCAUCUCAAACUUUCUAUAAAAUUCCCAAUCACCCAAACAUACUAAUAAAUCACAGAGAUACAGAGAUAGAGAGAGAAACUUGAUUAUCAAUUAUCAACUAUCAACUAUCAAUUAUAUCAUCACCAUAAUUCCAAAAUGGGCAGUUUUCCACCAAAAACUGCCCUCUUCUCCGCUGUCUUCAUCGUCUUCAUCAAUUCCUUCUUCUUCUGCUCCAACGCUCAAACCUGCUCCACCUUCGCAUUCUCCAAUGGCCGAAGCUACGCCAACUGCAACGCUCUCCCCGUCUUGGACUCCUUCAUACACUGGAACUACCACCAAGCCAACCACACCGCCGACAUCGCCUACCGGCACACGCAGAUCACCUCCACCAACUGGGUGGCGUGGGCCCUCAACCUCAACGGCUCCGCCAUGCUCGGCGCUCAGGCCUUGGUCGCCUUCGUCGCCGAAAACGGCACCGUCCAAGCCUACACCUCUCCGAUCACCAGCUACGAGACCACGCUGCAACGUGGCACAUUGAGCUUCGCCGUUCCCGCUCUAACCGCCGAAUUCGUCGGCGACAAUCAGAUCAUCAUAUACGCUACCAUCAACCUUCCGAGGGGGCGCACCAACUUUUCGCACGUGUGGCAGCACGGCGACGUCUCCGGCAACAACCUCGGUCGCCACCCCCUCACCAAUGAUCACCGCAGGUCGUUAGGGACUAUCGAUUUUGCCAACGAAGCCGCCACCACCACCCCCGCCCCCGCUCCGGAGAACUGCCCGGCGUCUAGUUUCUCAAACGGGAGGACAUUCAGCGACUGCAACGCGCUUCCCGUCCUCGGCGCGUUCCUUCACUGGAACUACCGCGAGAGCAACAACGCCGUCGAUAUAGCCUACCGCCACGGCGGAGUGAGCCGCUCCAGCUGGGUGGCGUGGGCGCUCAAUCCCACCGGAAACAACAUGAUCGGAGCGCAGUCCCUGGUGGCUUUCUUCGGCUCCAACGGCACCCUCCGCGCCUACACCUCUCCGAUCACCAGCUACCAGACCACACUGCAAGAGGCCCCCUUGAGCUUCGGCGUCUCAGCCUUAUCCGCCGAGUUCGUCGGCGGCAAUGAGAUCAUCAUAUUCGCCACCAUCGACCUUUCAACCGCCGGGACCACCAGGUUUACUCAGGUAUGGCAGGACGGCGUCGUCUCCGGCGACAUCCCUCAGCGGCAUUCCCUCGGCGGAGACAACGUUAGGUCCAUCGGGAGCAUUGAUUUCGCCACCGGAGCCACCACAGCCGCCGGCGGUGCUGGAGGAUCUAGACAACGUAAAAGAAAUGUUCAUGGGGUGUUGAAUGUGGUGAGUUGGGGAAUUUUGAUGCCGAUGGGGGCGAUGGCGGCGAGGUAUUUGAAGGUGUUCAAGUCAGCGAAUCCAGCGUGGUUCUACAUCCACGUCACCUGCCAGACCUCGGCCUACAUAGUCGGCGUCGCCGGCUGGGGCACCGGCAUCAAACUCGGCAGCGACUCCGCCGGAGUCGAGCAGACCGUCCACAGAAACAUCGGCAUCGCCCUCUUUGCCCUUGGAACACUUCAGGUAUUCGCGCUGCUUCUUCGGCCGAAGCCCGACCACAAGUACAGAGUGUAUUGGAACAUAUACCACCAAGGCGUAGGAUACGCGGUGAUCAUUCUCAGCAUUGUUAACAUUUUCGAGGGAUUAGACAUUUUGGACCCUGAGAAGAAAUGGAAAAAUGCAUAUAUUGGGGUGUUGAUAUUCUUGGGCGCUGCAGCUGCUCUCUUAGAAGCAUUUACAUGGUAUAUUGUGCUUAAGAGGAGAAGGGAGUCUGAUAAGCAACCACACCACCAAACCAAUGGAGUCAAUGGAUACCAUGCUUAGAUUUUGAUUUUGAUUUUGAUCACUACCCUUUGUAGAAAAACAUAUAUAUUAUUUUUGUUUUAUUAUUUGGUGUUGAGAGAGAGAGAGAGGAUUCAUUUGUCAUGUGUGACAUAGACAGAGGAGCACUUGUAGUUUUUCUUUGUGAGUAGGUACAUGAUACUACGCUACUAUUCUUGGAUAUUUAUUGACUUAUAUAUGCUUUUGAAUUUGAUUCCUUCA